UCAGGGCCCGCUGACUCUGGGCUCACUGAAGGGGAACAGAACGAGCCAGGGCGUUUUUCUAAAGUGGAGGAGCGUUUUUCUAGAGUGGAGGAGCAUUGGCCAGGGUUGUCAAGGAACGGUGGAACGUAAAUCGUAAUGGACUGGACGUCUCAAUCUUUUUGAUCCAAUUCUUGUUUCUUGGAUUAAAGAUGGGUAAACCGUGUCCAAACGGUACUUGGCUGUACACUCUGAUUGAUGAAUGCGUGGCCUGUGAGACGUUAUGCCAUCUGCCAAUGUGUACCGAGCACUGUGCAGCUAACUGCACCGCCAUGGGAGGCCACUACUACGACCUCAGGCGGCAUCAGUGCAUCCGCUGUGCCGACCUGUGCGGGAGGCACCCGCAGGAGUGCAGCCAGUAUUGCCUCACCACACCACUACCAACCAUCCCCACCCCCACCCCCCCCACCCCCACCCCCCCCACCCCCACCACCACCACCACCUCCACGUGUGGACCAGGACACUCCCCGGUUCACCCAGCUGUCCUGCUGCCUGUCUCCAUCCCCCUGCUGUACGCCCUGAUGGGCCUUUGUGUCCUCGUGCUGCUGUGCAUCCUGGGCCUCUCUCUGCUGGUGUUCCUGAGAACAGCCAGAAAGAGAAGCCCGAGGCCGGUGAAGCCUGGGCCCCUGGUGAUCCCCCAGCUGGUGGGAAACGUUCAGCAGAGGGGCCGGGAUGAUGGCGUCGGCGACGGGGGGGAGAAUGGGAGGAUGUAUAAGCAGCCCCUGUCCGCCUGCACAUCCAACCCCACGGAGAGCUGCGAGUGCACCCACUGCUUCCCGGACCUCAGAGUCCCGUGUCGGGGGGCAGUGGGUGAGGCCAAGCUAAUCUACUCCCUCCACCAGCAGACCUCCUCCUCCUUCUCCUCCCCUCAGCACAGCGGCACCGGCUGGGGUCAAGAGGAGCAGGGCCAUUGGGGCAAUCCGAGGUGGAUUCGGGGAGAUCCAAGCCUGUGAAAUGACUUGGAAACCCACUGGCGCUUCAUUUACCAUCUACUAUGUAGUCCAUGUCUUUGGGAGAUAUUAGCCACGCUUAUUAUACAAAGCAACUGAUAUAUUAGUGAGGUGUUGCAGAGAUUGAGGAUCGAGUCCUCCACCUUAGCCUCUACACCUGUGAUUCCAGAAACUGUGGGUUAGACAACAAAAUCUAUAUUUUGGUUUGUUUGUUGUAAAAAAAAAAACAUAUGGUACAUAAUAUACCUUAGUAACCAUGGUAUGACUUAUUUUGAUAGCUGUACCUAUGGUUUGGCUCCAGAACACUUUCGACAAGUAGGCUUUUACCGUCUGUACACUAUACUCUUAACCCAGGCUACCAACAUUGUGGUCUGGUUUUGGAGGCGAGAGGGCAACCUACCCAUCCCUAUAUCCCCUGGCAUAGCAAGCUGCCAAGCAACAGAUGAUAGAGCCAAACGGAUUGAGAGGAGCCUUAUCGUUUCUUAUCUUGGGCUAAGUGAGUUAUGGUUAUUCACCGGUGUUACCCUGUUAGUCGUGAGUACUAUUCUCUGGUGAAGGGUCCAAUCUAACGCUGUAGAUAGAACUUUUCGUUGUGGAAAAACUCACUUCUCUUCAUGCUUUGAUUGUUUUUCUUUAGAUACACAUGAUUCUAUCUAAACCUCUAAACCAUCUAAAGUUCAAACACAUGUUUUUCUAUUAACUAUAGUUGGGAUGAACCCAAUAACGAUGUCAGCCCUCGAAGACUUUUGGCUGUAAAAAAUGAAGAGAUUGUUUAAAGUCGAUUCAUUUGUGUCAAACUUUGUACAAAUAAGAGUAUUUUUAUGUGUCUGUAUGAAAUAAAUCGGUGUGACAUAAUGUGUCAUUGUGUGAAUAACUCUACAGCACACGGUUAAUAUUAGAGGUAUAGGUUUUUAUUUUUAAGGGGACAUAUUAUACCACCAGGUGUGAGUGUGAUUAGCCUUACAAGCCGUUUCAAAAAUCUGCCCCAUAUGACAUCACUAGUGGGCGUUUCCACCUAUAUAAGAGCUGGAUAGAUCAGCCUACCAGCCUACCCACUGGACUGAAGUAAACGUCCAGCACAGAUCUAGGUGGACACUCCAUCUAGUGAUGUCAUAUGGGGCAGAUUUUCUAAACGGCUUGUAAGGCUAAUCACACUCACACCUGGUGGUAUAACAUGUCCCCUUUAACUGUGAGUCUACAUCAACGAGUCCGGUUCACACGUGGCCCUGCGUGGCAGGUGGAGAGUGGGUCUUCUCCGUCAGUCCCCUCCAGCCUUUGGCCCCCCAUCAAUAACUCACUCCAGUAGUUCCAACAUGUCUCUUUAAAAAUUAAAAAGUACAUACCCAAUACAUACACACAUACAUGACAGAGAAAAAAAGAACUUUUCCUAGGAAACGGUCAUUAUCCAGGGUCCAAAUUCAUGCUUAAUGCAAGUACUGAUUCAGUACACAACACAAUACACACGCGGACCGUGCGCGCACACACACACACACACACACACACACACACACACACACACACACACACACACACACACACACACACACACACACACACACACACACACACACACACACACACACACACAAAGUUGCAAAAAAUUCUGUCGUAUUUAAAGUAUUCAAUGUCGAAUAAUGGAAUAUUUUUUUCAGCUGACUGGUUGGGGGAAAUUAACUUGGUUCCAAUGCAUGUUCACCUACUGUUUCAUGAACAUUAAUUAUAAUAAUAAUAAUACAAUUACUAUUCAAAAAAUAAUAAUAGCUGUUUAUAGUGAUACUGAAUGGGAAAGCUAAAUCUCCUCCCUCCGCCUUAAGGAGAACAGGAAGCCAUCAAGACUAAACUUUCUGUCGAGUUAGAUCACAAUUUUUAGUCGAUUCAGUGCACACAGACACGCACACAUAACACCAACACUCACAUUUGAGGCCAUAUCUCACAUGCACAAGUUACAGCGGCACGCACACACACAAAUAAAAGUCACACACAUGAUCAUACAAAUGGCAUUAAAUCAACAUGCAACUGCAUAUACACUGCAGCAUCAACACCUUUUGGAACACACACACACACACACACACACACACACACACACACACACACACACACACACACACACACACACACACACACACACACACACACACACACACACACACACACACACACACACACACACACACACA